AAAACCGUGCCGUCAGUGUUAAUAUUUGCGAAGAAGAAGCGCGACGUGGAUGCUAUCCACGAAUAUCUGCUAAUCAAAGGAGUGGAAGUUGUUGCAAUACAUGGAGGCAUCGAUCAGGAGAAAAGAUCAUGUUCUGUCGAAGCGUUUCUCGCAGAUCAGAAGGACGUUCUGGUUGCGAUAGAUGUUGCGUCCAAAGGUCUCGAGUUUGCUAAUGUACAACACAUAAUAAUAAAUUAUGAUAUGCCACAUGAUGUGGAGAAUUACGUUCACAGGAUAGGACGUACUGAUCGUUCCGGACGUACUGGCAUCGCGAUGGCUUUCAUUAAUAAGGCAAACGAUGAAUCGCUGUUGCUUGAUCUCAAAUAUCUGCUAAUGGAGGCGAAGCAGGAAGUGCCGUCAUUCUUGUUGAAACUUUGCUCGGAAACCGAAAAAUACCUCAAUCUGGGAAACGAACGCGGUUGCAGUUAUUGCGGCGAUCACAGAACCACAGAAUGUCCGAAAUUGGAAGCCAUGCAGAAUAAGCAAGUGUCAAAUAUCGGACGUCGCAAGCUAACAAUGCGUCAAUGGUUGCGUUUAGCAGAGAAAGCUGCUUUGCAACUGUUCCCAUAUAGCACAGAUCAUUGCAACAACAUUGCAGCAACGUUGCAACGUUGCAAAUUGCAUAGCAACAUUGCAAAAACAUUGCAGAGACAUAAAUCCGCAAGAUAUCAGCACACUUUUAGCAACAUUGCAUUAACGUUGCAUUAA